AUGCGUAGCCUUUUUGUCGUCCGAGGACCAAUAAUCCUUUGCUGGGUGCUUCCCAAAUGUCAUGCCCAUCAUUCCAGAUCCGAAAUGUCACGUGUGAGCGACACAACUUCCUACCACAAGCUGAUGGCGGCACCAAUCGCUUCCCUCAACAGCAUAAUGCUGCAGACAUGCUCGCCUUCCACCGCCACCGCCACGCACACACCAGUGACCGAUCUGACAUCAUCACUGGCGUGUUCGUUAUUGUCAUGCAGCAUUCCAAGUGCCACGGUGAUUUCACCGCCACCACCGUACCACUCGAUUAAUCACCAUCGUCCAUAUCAUAACCUUCAUCCUCUGUUCGACAUGCAUAACACAGCAGCGAUCGUUGACUCAGACGUGGAUGUGAUCGGUCUGUCCCACUCCACAAAGCAAGUUUCGAUACGUGAUCAUGACAGUGAGCAGAGUGACGAGCCACUAGACCUGUCUCUGAAAGGUUCCACGCCCUUGUAUUCCCCAACAACGUCACGACCAAGUGUGAUAAUUGAAAGUCCCACAGUCCGGCAUCCACCGGUGCGACGAAGCGCCUCUUCAGUGUCAUCGAGCCGAGAACAUGACGUCCAUGAACAUUUUCGACGGUCAUUGAGUGGUAAAUGGCCUAGGCGAUCGAAGGUCGAUGACGAAAAGGUGAGCCUUGUGCAACGACCAUCACAGCAUCUUCCAGAGCGACAGCGCCCUCAGCCAACGCAUCUCACUCAAUUUAGGCACGAGCAUCUCCAAUCACCAGAAGGACCUCAUUUAACAACCAUGGUGGCUCCAACUGCACAACGCAACCGCACGUUAUCGUCAGUAACAGCGGCGUCGACAUUGUCGACCAUUUCCGACGCGCCCUAUCCGAAAAAGAUUUCGAGAACUGGCAGCGAAAAAGGAACGCCACCUCUCCAACAUCUAAAUGAAUUGGUGAAAUCAAAACGUAGUGUUGUUACAUAA